AGACGGCCCUGGAAGAACUCAUCCGAGGCCUCCUGCGAUGCUCUCCGUCGCGAAUUAUUUGAAGAAGCCUCGCCGUGGUGAGCCCCCCCCCAAGCGAUGUGGAGCCAGGGUCGCCGGCCGUGGUCGGCUCCGGCAUUGUGCAAUGCCUAAGAGUGAAGGGCUUUUGCGUCAUCAACAAUGCUGUGAGUGAGCAGAUGCUGCAGACAGCCAGUGCUGAACUGGGGUCGCAGGAAUGGUAUCAGCCAGCGGUGCUGAUCCAGGAGGGUCUCCUGGGGGUUGAGGGGUCCAACCGCAUCUGCCGAAUGGCCUCAAUCGACUUCCCAGAUCAAGCCACCGAUCAGUUCCAGGAUGGUCUUGCUGGUAUCGAUUUUGCAAUGUGGAAGCUUGCUGAAGCCGUUGGCCCCUUUCAAGACGAGUUGGGCUUCCGGUGCUGUGGGCGAAGCAUCGGCUUCCUGCAUCAGGCGAGCGAUCCAGACUUAGAAGAAGCGGAGCUGACCGACCAAGAGGCCAGUGAUUGGAGCGCAAUAUUCACUAGCAGAAAGAUCAUGAUCCUUGUGUUUUUGGGUCCAGGCAAAGGAACCCUAGAGAUGCAACCCUAUGACGAUGAGGCCAAUGUAUCCGAGAUCACUACGGUGCCUGGCCUUGUCGUGGUUCUUCGAACCGACCAACUCUCCUUCAAGUUUUUCUGCAGAGGUCGAGAGGCGACGCAUGUGGCGAGCUCCUUUAUGCUGCAAAACGAUGUUUUGCGCAUGCAUCGCAACAAGUUAGAAGCACAUCUCACUCCUGCCGCACAAGAGUUAGACCAAUGGAUCGACCAGCGGCUCAGGGAGAUUAAAGAGAUGGAGGACGAGCCGACUGAGGAUUGGAAGACCGAAGUGCCCAGGAGCUUCAUCCAUGCUGCGAAUCGUACAUGGUUCAAGCGCCAAACCACAGUGGUCAGGGGAGCCGCAGCGAGGCUUCCGGUGACAUGGGAGCCAGAGGUGUUCUUCCUCGGUCUGACGUCAGGUGCUGACACGGUGAUCGAAGUACCGAUCAUGCGAUGGGAGCACGACACAGUGUAUGACCCUUCGCCCGACUGCUGGAAGAAGGAUCCUCCCAAAACCAAUUGCAGGCAUGCCUCAUUUAUUGAUGGAGUGGACCUCUUUGACAACAAGCUCUUUGGCUUGUCGCUCGCAGAGACCAAAGGUAUGGAUCCGGGGCAGAGGCUUGUCUUGGAGGUCACAUACGACUCUCUCUACAGGAGCGGAAUGAAGAAAAGUAACUUGAUCAACUCCACCGUCGGAAUGUACGUCGGCACCUCACAGAGUGAAUGGAACCAAGCGGAGAAAGCCGCCGAUGUGGGCAUUUUCGGGGCUACGGGAGGAGCCCCCAGUAUCACCGCCGGCCGCUUGAGCUUUUGCUUGGGCUGCAAGGGCGCCUCUUUAGCCAUUGACACCGAGGCGGCCUCUGGCCUGUCUGCGGUCUUCUGGGCGGCUGAGUCCGUCGAAAAGAAGGGCGCCGGACACAUCCAGGAAGCGGCCUGUGGAAUUGGUGUGCACUUGUGCCUCGCCAAGGCCUGGUGGCCUGCGCAUACCACUGCGGGCUUCCUGUGCCCUGGUGGUCGAUGUUUCACUUUCGACUCCAGUGCGCAGGGCCACGUGAGGUCGGAGGGUGUGGGCACUAUGGUGCUGAAGUGUCAAGAGAAGAUGGAAGCAAUGGAGGUGAAGGACGAUCAGUUGAACGUCGGCACACUGGUGGGUGGAGCCACCCAAAACAGUGGCAAGAGCGCGGGAAUGAGUGCUCCAAAUGGACCAGCAGAGCAGGCGGUGCUGAUUGAGGCCUGCCGCAAGUCUGGCAUCAUGGCCUUGGAUGUGGACGUGGUGGAGUGCCAUGGUUCAGGGCGUUUCAUCGCAGAUGCCGUGGAGGCUGCUUCUUGUGGUCGCGCACUUCGUGAUGGAGCAGAUGCAGAUCAAGAUGCCGAGAUGCUGCAGCUGUGCAGUAUGAAGUCGAACAUUGGCAAUUGCAUCGAGACAUCCGGCAUUGCCUCCUUGAUCAAGACUUUGCACAGCAUCAGGUGGGGCAUUGUGUGCGCCAACAACCACUUGAACCAGCUGAAUCCACAUUUGGAUCUUUCGAGCUGUCCGUUGUUGAUGUGUACGGAGCCCACCGAGCAGAAGCUCUCCGCCGUCUUCAUGGGUGUCUCCGCUUGGGGCUUCGGCGGCACCAACGUCCAUAUGCACUGCUAUGGUGGAGUGGAUGAGGAGAUUCGACUUCCGCCGGAACCAACUCCACAGGAGCUAAGACCGAGGCUUUCGUAUUGGCCCAGCGGUGGCGGUGACCUCGGAAGCAUGAGCCGACCACGGAGGGGAUUCUUUAUCAUUGGAUCUUGGAGCAGCUGGACGGAGCCUGAAGCCAUGGAGGAUCGGAUCUGUUACGGCUAUACCCUUGUUUUGGGAGAUGAGCGAUGGGAGCAAUUCCAGCUUCUCAUCGACAACAACUAUGCCAAGGUGCUGCAUCCACGGCGCUUCAAGGCGCCCAAGGGCACGGAGGUGUACGGCCCGACGCGCACAGAGGAGGUGAUGCAGGAGAGCACCUGGCUCGUAGACGGCCGCCCAUUCACGGCCCAGAUUCGACCCAUUGCCGAUUCACAAGGCUCUAGCGCCUUGGCGGAACGGCCUUCGCCCAUGGAGUACAAGAACGAGGAUGAAGGAAUGCCUGGUCAGCGGUACCGCAUUCGUUUACAUAUUGCUGGAAAGUGGCGAACAGUCACUUGGGCGAAGCUAGAGGGGAGUGGCAGUGGACCAGCGGCAUUGAAGGGGUAGGAGUCCCACCAGUGAGGGGCGCCUCAGUCUGCUAGUGGACUUGCUUCGUGCGUCUUCGAUGAAAGAUCCAGCAGCAGUGGCGUAAGAUCAAAGAACCUGGG